AGCUGGUGCCAAAUGCCGAGAGUGAAACAGUUAAGCUUCUCCAACAGACUGCCGCUCAUCGCUGUGCGUCUGGUGCUCUCUCGCGUAAUACUCGAGAGUGAACACCCCAGAGUCUGAUCGCGUAGACUCGGGACUUUCUGCUGUUCAAAAGAGAUCGUCGUUACUUUUUAAUUAGUUGAAGAGAGGCUUUACAAAAUCAUCUGAGAGCUGAGGGAAUUGCUGAAGAAACGGUAAAAGUGUAGAGAUUUACGCCUGUGUUGUGUUACAUAUGGCUUUGGGACCAUGGCCUCUGUGCUAAACUUGGAUGUUUUGGUUCUGACAAUAAUGGUGUUUAGCACCAUUAAAGUCACAGAAGCAUCAGACUGUGCUGAUAUAUCAGUUCAGUCAUCUGUGGUUGUCUUGGGAUCGCCGCUGAGAGCUUCCUGCGUUGCCAAAGAUAAUUGCACUCCGAUUGGAAGGCCGGAUAUCCAAAUGGAAUGGCGCCUGAACAGCAUAGUUAUUCCAGAGAGUCAGUACAUGAACCAAAGUGGCGGAGUUUCCACAGUGCUCCUACCCAAUUUCACCAUCCCCCGAGGAUACCUGUCUUGCUUUCUAAUCCUUGAGGGGCAGCAUCAGGUGGCUGAUGAAGUUGAGAUCAGAGCAGGAUAUCCUCCUUCAAAACCAAGCAACCUGACCUGCAUGACAAAUUUAACCAAGCCACCUACAUUCACUUGCACAUGGAACCCCAGUAGCGAGACGUACCUCCCUACACAGUUUAUUCUGCACACUGUUUCAAGGCCUUUUGAAACUAAAACCUUUGUGCCACCUAUUGGAACCAACUCCUACACUAUUCCCCGCAAGGAUUUUCACCUGUAUAGCAAAAUGGAGAUUUUUGUAACAGCAGUGAAUGCUUUGGGGAAUACUACAUCCGAUUUAUUAUAUCUGGAUCCAAUGGAUGCUGUAAAAUUAGACCCUCCUGUUAUACAGAGUGUCCAAACAGACAAGGUAAAAUACGGCUGUCUGAAAAUUGAAUGGAAAAUAUCUGAUUCCCUCUCUUGGCUUGAAAGAUUCAUUAUUGAACUCCGUUUUAAGACAACGGAGAAUGAGUUAUGGACCACAGACAUGAUAAAUUCAGAGAGCAUGGAGGCAGUCGAACAGUGUGGUUUGCUUCAUGGAACUGAGUAUGAAGUCCAGAUCAGAGUCCGACUGAGUGAAGGAUACUGGAGUGACUGGAGUAACACCAUUAAAGACGUCACUCCUGAAAAGGCUCCCUCAGGAGAACUGGAUACCUGGUGGAAAGUGCUGAACGAGAUGGAGAAUGUGUAUCAGCUAUACUGGAAGCCGGCCAAGCAGUUCAAAGCCAACAGCCAACACGUAUACUACAAGGUCUUUCAAGGACAGCAAAGAAUUGUCUGCAAUACUUCGGAAACCCAGUGUGAUUUCCAGCUGUAUGAAGCCACCAGAAAAGUGUACAUUACAGCUGUGAACUCAGCUGGAGAGUCCAGGCCAACUCUGGUCAAUCUGAACCUCAACAGAGCUCUGGACCCUGUGUUGAGCAUGAGUGUUUCAUCUUAUGAAGACAUUGGGUUCUGGGUUCAGUGGGCUCAUCCAGAAUCGUCACUUCCAACGGAUUUUGUGAUCGAAUGGUGUGCAGUGUCUGGCAAGGACACUACCUGUUCAAUCUCUUUCAAAGUGGUGGCCAGUAAUUAUUCGGAAACCAUCAUCUCUGAAAACAUUGAACCCUACAGACCGUACAACAUAUCUGUUUAUCCCAGAUACAAACGUGGAAUUGGAUGUCCAAUUGCUAUGGAAGGAUAUUCAAAGCAGAAGGCUCCAUCAAGAGCUCCAAAAAUGGAAGUCAGGCAAGUCAGAGACACUCAGGCUGAACUGACAUGGGAUGAAAUUCCAGUGGAUGAGCGAAAUGGAAUCAUUAGGAACUACACCAUUUUCUACCUGGAUGAGAGCAACAAGAUCAAAAGUGUGACUGUCCAGACCCCACAAAGUCAACUGAUUCUCGAUAACCUAAAGCCUUCAUCAUCGUACAGAGUAUUCAUAAUGGCUAGCAAUGAUGCAGGAAGUAUAAAUGGAACAAUCAUAGCUAUCAGUAUGAGAAAAAUAGAUUCCUGGAGUAUUUUGUCCACAGUUGUCCCUGCUUGUGUCGGUCUAGCUGUUUUCAUACUGAUUACUUUAUCUGCUUGUUUUGCAAAGCAAGAGAGACUCAAGCUGCGUUUGUGGCCUGUUGUCCCAGAUCCUGCCAAUAGCAGCAUUCAGAAAUGGACGCAGAAUGAAGCUUUGAAGGAUAAACGCCAUUUCCAGGACUUGCAGGAUCCAUCGCCUGUCAACAUUUCCAGGUUUAGCAUCUUAGAUGUUUCUGAUGAUGUGACAGAAAAAGGGACUCAAAAAGCUGGCCUCAAACCUGAAGAUGAAUGUUGGCAGCCCUACAGCUACACUGGAGACCUAGGAAUGCCCAUCUGUAGCUCUUCCCACAUAGAAAAGGACUGCGACCACCUGCAGCACAAAGACUACCAGAACUAUAUGGGAGAGCCUUAUGCCACUGUCAUUUUCAGUGAAUACAGAAGCCAGCAGGGCACGACACCCGUCUACCUCAGAUCUGAUUCUACUCAGCCCCUUCUCCAGGACCUGUCCCCCAGCCCUAAGCAGUAUGAGAAUCUGUGGUUCAGCAGUGCCAAAGAGGAAGAGGUCGUCUUUCUAAGUAACCAUGGAGACGAACAAGAGGAGAGAGUCUGCAGUGCAUCUUGGGAUGACUUCCCCCUCCUCAGUCGGCUGAUGAUAAAGGAAGCUAGCAGCCAGGAGGUUUCCUAAUUUUAAGAAAAACAAGGGGCCUGUAUGCACAAACCAACCCCCCCUCUUAAGGGGACAUUGAGGCUGUUUUAGAAGUAUGGCAUGCUUCAUAAGAGGCAUGAAACUGCUACGGUUGGUCCGCAUUUCCCUAGACCUUGUAUGAACAGCAGGUGAUUGAACUGGGACCACUGAUUCCCAGAUCAUUUGUGGAUAAAAUAGUCAAAACAACCAAGGCUCAAGCUGGAAUGAAACAGACUGAGAAGAAUAUUUGAAUUCACUUCAAGGACUUCAUUGUACAGUUUAGGGCUAUUGUUCAAGCAGGUGCUUAUAGAAAUUAUACAAAAGUUAAAUAAUUUGCAGCAUCUACUUUAUUGAAAUUAAACAGGGAUAAUUUUAUUUUCCUAUUCUGUUUACAUACUUUUUGUUUACGGUAUUACCAGUCCAAACAAUAAGAAAUUUAAUUGCCCUUAAUUAGUAAUUGGGGAAAAUCAAAUUGCGCUAAAUGCUAAGAUAUGUUGCCUGAGAUACAGAGACUGGUCUUGGGACAAAAAAACUCAUACUUUUACAUGUUUAAUAAGGUUUUGUAUUGAUUUCAUUUUCUGAUGUGUUAUGAUUUACAUUUUCUAAUGUUGUCUAUGAAUGUAUUACUUCUGGAGUUCUUACAAAACACACAAUAAUAUUAUUCUAUUAAUUUUAGUCAGUUUAUGUUCAAGGAUAUUUUAUUCAAGAGUGAGAGUUUUUAUUUUCAAAUAUUUUAAUGCAGUUAAUGCAAGGGAAUAAAGUCAUUGAAAUAUGUAUGGUUUCAACAUGUUAUAUUUGUUUGUUUUUGAACUUGCUCUAAGCAGAAUAGCUACUGUGUUUAUCUUUCAUUUUCACUCUCUAGCUCUUACGACAUCAAUGAAAGUGCAAUAUCCGAGCACACUUUAUAACCGUGUACAUUCUCUUUAUUUUCUGUUUGUUAACCUUUUGCUAAAGUCUACUUUAUAUCACCAAAAGCAGAAGCUAGAAUUCCAUUAGAACUUACUUUUUUUCAAUUUGAAACAGUGCUAUUACUUAUAAUCCUUCUUCUUAGAAGAAAAACAUACUGAUAGGGCCAACAAUGGACCAUAUUUAUCAUAAUUUCUGCAGCCUUUUUGCGUCAGUAUACACUGUGGUUUGCUUUUUGCUCAUAAAAAUGUAAGAAAAUGUUUGCUUGUGAAAUACAAAAAGGUGGCACUUGUAUAAUUUGUAACCCUUUUAUUUUAAGGUAUACGGUAGAAAAAUGUGGAAAGGUGAAACCCUUAAUGUAUUCAGAUUCAGUACUCCAGUUUUUUUUUGUUUUUUCCAAUUUAGCUCUAUUGCCUAAUUGAUAUUCACAUAUGCUUAAUUGGAUUUAUUUGCACCAGGUUUACAUCUAUUAAUUUAUUGCUUUGUAACAUACAUAACUUGUGAUUUUUCAAGAUAUAAAUGCCUUGAAGGAUGACUGGAGUGUUUAACCUACAGUAUGUACAUACCUACAUUCUUUUAACUAGAAUGUAAACCAGAUUUUAUUGCCGCAUUUAUAUUUUAAUUACUGUUACAGUUGUUUAACUCUUUUUUUUGUGUUGUUUUUUGUAGAUAUUCUAGCAGUGUUCUAUGUUAUUUUGUCAGAAUACCGAUGAAGGUUAAUGCACUUUUUACAUCCACCAAGUCACUGUUAUACAUUUUCAUUUUCAUGUUCUGUUAUUGCCGUUCAUUUUAUGAAGUUUAUGUUCUGUUUCUGAGCAGAAAAAAUGUUCCAGUUACUUUGUUUUGUUUUUUGAUGGGCGAUAGGCUAAUAAAGCUCACUGAUCUCAUGGA